CAAGAGCUUCGCAAAGGUCCCACGACAACAUAGUAUGCCUGAGAGUAAUAUAGGGUCACGAAACAAGGAGCAUGCUCGCUUCUUCAGCUCAUUAGUGCACGAGUCAUUGAUAUCAAGUGAAGUUCUAAAUACCAUCAAGCACAAGUUAUAAAUAUGGCCAGCAAUGCUCAUCCAACACUGCUUCUCAACUUGCUUCAUCAUCAGCAUCGCAAAGUACUCUUUUCCUUUUGAAACUCAAGUGAAUAUCCCAUUCUCCUACUUUCAAUAGACCAAAUUCAUCAUGACUACCUACCUUAUCACCCAGGCCACUGGCCAACAAGCUCAGUGGACUAUCAAGCACCUCCUUGAUGCAGGAGCCAAGGUCCACGCAGUUGUGCGAGACCCUGCGAAGAUUCCCGAUAUCCUAAAGCGUCCGGGUGUGACCAUCUUCAAAGGAGAGAGCGUCAAUUUUGACGACGUUUUCCAGGCAGCGCAAGGUUGCAAGGCAGCUUACUUGAACACUUUCCCCAUCCCUGGCUUGGAAGCUCAGCAAGCCAAAACCAUCGUUGAGGCCGCCAGGAAAGCAGGGAUCAAGAGCAUAGUUGCUUGUACGACUAUGUGUACCGGGAAUAAGGAGCUUUGGGAUGAUGAUUACACAGAGGGGUGCAAUCUACGCAAUUAUUGGCGGUCCAAGGCCGCAGUUGAGGAUAUCGUGCGCGGUGCCGGUUUUGAAGCCUGGACUAUCCUACGCCCGGCAUUCAUUCAUGUCGACUACUUGACACCAUCGUGCUACGGAAACUUCCCGGAGCUCACGAAUGGUGUACUCACUCAUCUAUUCGACGAUGGCUUCGGCAUGGCUCAGACUGACGCCAAUGAUAUCGGGAGAUACGCAGCUGCGGCCUUGCAGGAUCCGGUGAAAUUCGGAGGCCACGCGAUCGAACUUGCCAACGAAUACUUGACCAUCGAGGAAGUUUGCGACCUCCUAGUGAAGGUCAGCGGCAGAGAUGUCAAGACGAGGAAGCUCGCCCCAGAAGAAGAGCCUGUCAUGGGCCAGUUUUUUCAGAAGUGGUCGAACGCUAGGGAUUACAGCUCUGUUCUUGCAGCUACGAAGGAGGCACAGGCGAAAUUCGGUAUCCCCUUGACCUCGCUUGAGAAUGCUCUCCAGAGGGAUAAGGCUCGUCUUUUGGACACCCUUCCAGUCAAGAACUAGGAGUAUAUAUCCCUACCAUAUUGAGCUCCUAAUGUCUUAAGGAUAGGAUUAUUCAAGUUUUAGAUAGAUUUCGUGUUUUGAUGUAGGAAUUAAGGCCGAUACUGAAUAGUACUAUGCGCAAUUAAUCACGUGUCA